GCAGCACUCCCUCCCUGCGGGCGGGCGCGCUGCCGGGCAGCCUGAGGGGCCGCCGGCCGAGGCGCUGGGCUGCGGCUGGGCCCGCCUGGUCUCCUCUCCCACGGAGCGGCCCGCUGUCGGUGCGGGGCUCGGCGCCGUUAGCUCAGGGCCGGGAGGCCUCCCAGGGGGCGGCGAUGGCGGCUGGCCGCGGUAGCCGGGGGGGGAGGCGGUGAGGCGGCGCCGCGCCGCGGGUGUGGCGGCCUGCCCCGGGCGCCAUGGACAGCUUGCUGGAGGAAGAGGAGGAGGAGGAAGAGGAGGUGGCGGCGAGGAGCCCCGCCGCGCAGGCGAGGAGGGCCCUGCUGCCGGGCCUGCACCUGCCCUUCCUGCCGCCGCAGUUCUUCCGACCCGCAUCUUCCCAUGAACACAAAUUAAACUUCAAGAAGAGCAAGGAAGUGUGUUUAAAUUACAUUCAGGAUGCCAUACUACAAAAGCAGUGGAAAAGGGCUGCAGAGUUUAUGACCUCCUACGUUGAGUCACUGGAGAAAGACUACUCUAGGGAAUAUGUGGGUCCAUCAGAGAUCAUUUGGAGAAUAGGAACCGAAAUUUUGUGCCAUCAUUCACAUAGCAGCAUGAAAGAGUUCAACUCUUUCAUAGAACAGAUGAAAACUUUAGGAGUAAAAAGGUAUUUGAAGGUUUGCUUGGAGCAUGCCUUUCAUCUCCUUUGUAACGGACUAACAGAUGAAGCUUACCAAAACCUGUGCCUGGCAGAAAGCUGGAGAUUUGGAGAACAAACAGUCAUUCAGGAUAAAGAAAUAAAGCUGAUUCAGGCUUACAGGGGACUGUUGGACUACUAUAGCUGGUCGAAGCAGAAGAGCAUCGUGUUGGAACAUGGUCAGGAUGGAUUUGAAGACUUGUCUGUUGAACAGGAAAUGCACGGUUGCUUUCGGAAGGCGGCAGUGAACUUAAAGGAGAUUAUUGAAAUACCUGGAGUCUGGGAUCAAUUUGUGAAAUGCUAUGUGGAUUUGCUGGAGUUCUAUGGAGAUCAUAACGAAGCCCGCCAAGUAUUAAAUGAAUAUGCCUACAACUCAAAGUUUCCUGCUAAUCCCAAUGCUCAUGUUUACCUCUAUCAGUUCCUGAAGAGACAUGGUGAAUCAAAGAAAUCACUCAUAUCUGCACUGAAGAUCUUGUAUGAUAUUGUUCCUUCUCACGAGCUAAUGAUAGAUUUUAAUAUCAUGCUUCAAAAAUCAAAAAAAAGAAAAAAGCGUCAGUUGGGGCUAGAAGUCAUUUUUUCAGCCUUGGAUUACGCUGGCUGGAAGGAAAAUGUAAAAGCGUGGAGCUGUUUGGCAAGACAGGUGAAACAAAUUGUGAUCUCUGAGAAGCAUCUUGACUGGAUCAAGCAAGAGUGGAAAUCCAGAAAGGACUGGUGGCCAGCCUUCCAUUUUAGCCGUUACUUAGCAAAAAGGAAUUGGCAGGAAAAUGAAAGCCUUUCAUAUGAAAAAGCUCUGGUGGCUGGAAUUUUACUGGGAAAGGAUUGCAAGUACUUUAAAUAUGUAUCACACCAAGGCUGCAAAGCUCAGGUGGAGAGGUUUCGUUUCCUGAGGAAAUUUGUGAAUAAGCACAAUCCUGUCCACCUGAGAAUAUCUGGUCUUUCAGAUUCCUCUCUGCAAUCUUGACUGGAAGCCAUUCUUAAGGUUCUUGCCAUACUUUUUCCUCUCUGUGAAACUGACUUCUGCAUUGAUGCUGUUCUAAAAGUUCUAGGCAGACCCUA